AACCUCCGGGCCAGAGACGACUUGAAAAUCGCUUGUUCUCUUCACAGAGCAACACGAAGGUAACAGCCAUGGAGUCUCUUCCUACACUUCACCACCGUCGUCAUCCUUCUCACCAACUUCUUUCCUCCAGCCACCGCCUCCCUUCCUUCUCUAAACCCAUUUCUUCUCUCUCCUUCCGGUCUCCACCGCCGUCUCCGCUCCGUUCAUCUUUCAGGUCGUUGUCUGUUAAAGCCUCAUCCUCCUCAUCGACCUCCGACGAAACCCUUCGUAACGAUAAAUCUUCCAUUUCCGAGACCACCAAUUGCGGCCUUCUGUCGGGAUUUCUUAAAACCGCUUGCAUCUCCGUUGCCGCUGCUGCAUUCUUCUUCCUUCGCUUCGACCAUCGACGCGCUGUUGCUGUUGCUGUCCCGGUGGCGCCGGAGACGACGGAGUCUACUGAUGAAUCGACAGCAUAUGAGGAAAAUGAGAGCGUCGUAGAAGAGAAACCGACAGAUGAUUUGAAUGAUGUCGAAGCCCUUCGAUCUCUCGUUGAGGAGAAGGUAAAAUCAGGUAAACUUCCAGAAGCAGUUGAAGCCCUAAACCGUUUGAUUGAACUUGAACCCAAUGACCUUGAAUUGCCGUUGCUAAGAGCCAAUUUUCAUAGCUAUAUGGGGGAGCUCGAAUUGGCGAAAAAUGAAUUUGAGGAGAUUUUAGCGGAAGACCCAUUUCGUGUUGAGGCUUACCAUGGUCUUGCAAUGGUGGCGGAGCAAUUGAAUGAUAAUUCAUUGAAGGAUGUUGCUAAAAGGAUCGAAGAGGCAAUGGAGAAAUGCAAGAAGCAGAAUGACAAGUCAGAUAUCAGGGAUUUCAAGCUCUUGGUUGCGCAAAUUAAGGUAAUGGAGGGAAGUUAUUUUGAUGCAUUGAAAGCUUAUCAAGAACUUGUGAGGGAGGAACCAAGAGAUUUUAGGCCAUAUCUGUGUCAGGGGAUUAUAUAUACUCUUUUAAGGAAGAAUGAGGAGGCUGAGAAACAGUUUGAGAAAUUUAGGAGACUUGUUCCAAAGAACCAUCCUUACAAAGAGUAUUUUGAUGAAAACAUGUUUGCAACAAAGCUUUUUGCUCAGAAAUUAGAAAAGGAGGGAGCUGGUUUGAAGAGCUGAGAUGAGUUCUUACCCUACUGCUUCUGUAUGAGUUAUCUCCUCACUCUUCACUGCUGCUCUAAAAUAGCUUCAUUUUUGUUAGUUUUUAGUGGGUUGGUAUUCAUUAGGGGUGGUGUCAUAUAUCUGAAGUUUUAUGAUUGUCUGAAUCUUUCAAUUGAGUCUCCUAUGGAGAAUACUGAUUAUACUUAUGCUCAGCAUUCCUGAAAGUCUCAAAGAAACUGUGUUCCUUUCACUUUUUCAAACAAGGAUUUUUCUAUAAAAAUGAAGAUUGUUGAAGCAGUAUUUGAAAAUAA